AUGGCUCCAACACAAAGUGGAAGGGUAGCUCCUUCUAAUGCAACAUUUAGGGACAAGGAGAAACCGCAAGAAGUCCGUAAGAGUAAUAUAUUAGCGGCUAGAGCAGUAUCAGACGCUAUCAGAACUUCGCUAGGUCCAAAAGGUAUGGACAAAAUGAUCAAGACUAAAACUGGAGAAAUCAUUAUUUCUAAUGAUGGUGCCACAAUAUUGAAGCACAUGGCGGUGUUGCACCCUGCUGCUAGGAUGCUAGUUGAUGUUAGUGCAGCUCAAGAUAUAGAAGCUGGUGAUGGAACUACGACAGUUGCCAUUUUAACUGGCUCGUUUUUAGGGGCAGCAGAAAAGUUGUUAAAUAAAGGCAUACAUCCUGCUUUAAUUGCGGAAUCUUUCCAAAGAGCAGCUAAGAGAGCAACUCAAAUCCUAUUAGAUAUGUCUUACAAAAUUGACUUGAGUGAUAAGGAGGCAUUAGUUAGGGCUGCUUCAACUUCAUUAUCGUCAAAAAUUGUUUCCCAGCAUUCCUCUUUAUUAGCUCCAUUAGCGGUUAACUCUGUUUUGAGAGUUGCCAAUGAGAGUUCAACAAAUGUGGAUUUAAAUGAUAUCAGGUUAAUUAAAAAGGUAGGUGGUACCAUUGAUGAUACUGAAUUAGUUAAUGGUGUUGUCUUAACCCAGAACGUUGUGAAAAAUGCAGGUGGACCUAUAAGAAUGGAGAGAGCAAAAAUUGGGUUAAUUCAGUUUCAACUCUCUCCUCCAAAACCUGAUAUGGAAAAUAAUGUUGUUGUUAGUGAUUACAGGCAAAUGGAUAAGAUCUUAAAAGAGGAGAGAGCAUAUUUACUUAAUAUCUGUAAAAAGAUCAAAAAAGCCAAAUGCAAUGUUCUUUUGAUCCAGAAAUCAAUUUUGAGAGAUGCAGUUAAUGAUUUGGCGCUUCACUUUUUGUCCAAACUUAACAUCAUGGUCAUUAAAGACAUCGAAAGAGACGAAGUAGAAUUUUUAGCUAAAUCCACUGGCUGUAAGCCAAUAGCCGAUGUUGACAAUUUCACCGAGGAUAGAUUGGGAACUGCCGACCUAGUUGAAGAAAUUGAGAGUUCUGGCUCUAAGAUUGUUCAAAUUACCGGAAUAUCUAGUAAAAAUGUGAAGCCGUCGGUAUCGGUCAUUAUAAGAGGUGCCAAUCAAUUGGUCCUUGAUGAGACUGAAAGAUCAAUUCAUGAUGCGCUUUGUGUUAUCAGAUGCUUAGUCAAGGAAAGAGCUUUAAUUGCAGGUGGAGGUGCGCCAGAGAUUGAAGUUUCUAAAAUUUUGAUGAAGGAAGCUAAUAAGCUUUCUGGUGUUGAGCAAUUUGUCUAUCAAGAAUUUGCAGAGGCAUUGGAGGUUAUUCCAACAACUUUGGCUGAAAAUGCAGGAUUAAAUCCUAUAAACGUGGUUACCGAUUUAAGAAACAGACAUGAAAGUGGUGAAAAGAAUGCUGGAAUUUCUGUGAGGAGAUCUGGUGCCUCGAAUACAUUUGACGAGCAUGUUUUACAACCUGUUUUAGUGAGCACAAGUGCGAUUACCUUGGCCUCUGAAUGCGUCAAAUCGAUUUUACGUAUUGAUGAUAUUGCUUUCAGUCGCUAA